CCGGUGAGCGAGGCAAUGCCGGUGAGCGAGGCAAUGCCGGUGAGCGAGGCAAUGCCGGAGAGGGAGAGAAAGCCAGAGAGCAAGGCAAUGCCGGUGAGCAAGGGAAAGCCAGAAAGCAAGGGAAAGCCAGAAAGCGAGGGAAAGCCAGUAAUCGAGGCAAAGCCAGUGAAUGAGGGAAAGCCAGAAGAAGGAGGAAAACCAGUGGGUGAGGGAAAGCCAAAAGAAGAAGGAAAACCAGUGAAUGAGGGAAAGCCAGUGAAUGAGGAGAAGCCAAAAGAAGAAAAGCCAGCCAUCGAACCAAGGGUUGCAGGAAAGUGCCCAGCUGCGGAUGAUGUACCCAGGAAGGCUAAAAGAAAAACCAACAAGUGGCUGGCUCAGUGUCUCAAGGAAUAUAAGGAGGCCAUACACGAUAUGCAUUUGAGCAAUGAGGAGAUGAUAAGAGAAUUUGAUGAGAUGGCCCGGGUAGAGGAUGAGGUGAAGAAAACCAGACAGAAAUUGGGGGGAUUUAUGUGGAUGCAAAAGUUUACAGGACCCCUUCCACCCGAGGGGCCCAAGGGAACUCAGGGGUGGAUGCAGGGCCCCACAGAGGGGCUUUGAAGACAUUCCUUUUGUGUAGUGCCCCUGGCAGGCAUUUGCCUAGGCCUUGUGCUUUAACCUUAUACUAAUACUUGCUUUAGCUAUCACUCUUGUACCUAACUGCAGCCUUCAAUGUUUCAGUAGCAGAUUUUUGUCCAUUGCAUGGAAAAAUGUUCAUGGCAUAUUGUAAAAUUAAAAAGAAAAAAGUUUGUUGAACCAU